AUGGCUACCCGUCAACCUACCGAGAAGGAAGCCUUCUUCUUUCUGACAAUCUUGAACUGCAUGACCAACAAGCCCGAAGUCAACUGGGACCUGGUUGCUGAACGUGCCGGUUACUCCAACGCGAGCUGUGCCAAAGUCCGCUUCGGUCAAAUCAAGAAGGCAAUCGGCUACAAGAAUGACGGAACCCACCCCAUCACAACCCCCGUCAAGGACCGUGCCGCCGGCAAGAAGGUCAAGAACGAAAUCGGCAGCGGUACCAACGUAACGCCUGGCAAGGUCACCAAGAAGCGAAGCCCCAAGAAGCCCAAGGCGGUCAAACUGGAGCGGGACCUCGAGGCUGAGGAGGGAGACAACGGAAACACCAUGAAGGAGGAAGCUGGAGGAGCCACCGAAUACAGCCAGGAGACCGCUGUCGAGUAUGCCGAUGAGAAAUUCGAGGAUCCGAUUCAUGAGCGUCUCUACCAUGACUUCCAGGCCACCAGCCAGCACCAAGACGAGUUCCUCGAUGCCGAGUCCUGA